AUUAUGUGCUACGCCUACAUUUUCUUCCGGUGAUGUAGGGAAAAGAGCAGAGAUAAUUGAACAGCAUGUAGCUAUUUUAUUUUUUAUUCACUCAUAUCGGAUUAGAAUCUGGGGUUACCUAAUCUCUGUUAAUCUGAACUAAAUCUAUCUAAUUGUGGUAGAAAACUACACUCCCGCUGUUCUGGUGCACCACCAGAGACGCUUUGCGCAUCAGUGGGUAUUUUGUGACACCGUGCCGCCAAAAGGAGAUUAUCAACUGAUUCUCCAAGACUGAUCAUAAGGACAUUAAGAGAGUAUAUCUGCACCAAAUUCUCUUAAGAGUGACAAGUUAGGCUAAUUGGAAUCUGGAGACCAAAUAUCGCAUUAAAACGCGCAGCAGCCACUUUUCCAGAGAUUAAGAACAUUAUGCAUAUUUUUCAUGUUGCAACAACAUACCGCUUUAUGAUGGGGUUGAUAUGAUAUGUGAGAGAGUUCUGGCCGGGGUGUUCUAAACAUGUUCUGGGAGUAAUGUGCGCGCCAUCCAAUGGCAGCAUCUAUUCCACACCACAGCGUCAGCGCGUCAUCAGUUCACAUUUACGAAACGAGUUUUAUUAAAUGAGGACAUGUGAGGGGAUCUGAGAGUAAGAAAAGGAGAUUGGAGAUAGACUGACUACAUGUUAGAAAUACUAGAGGCGAGCAAUACGUGUGUUACAAUUAUUUAUCAAAUGGACAACAACAGACUGAUGCUGGACUGUGCAAUGUCUGGAAGUGUGUCGCUUUUUUAAAAGACACAUGCGACCCGAUUUUUUAAAAAAAAAGUAUCAUUGCAGUUGAAUUCGGAAUCGUUUGUGUGUGACUGUGAAUGGAUUUGCAUUUGCCAGCCUAUUCCGUGAAGACUGGAAUAUUUAAUAAUUUGCGAUAAUCACACAUCAUCGCUUGUCUGUGCUGUCUGCACAAUCCUGUUGAUUUAAAAUUAUCAUUGUCUAAUGUUUUUUCGGAUCCUUUCGACGCCUCCUGCAUCUCUAUUCUCGUUAUAUGAGGUAUCAUCUGUUGCUGCAGCCGGAUGAACUGACACUGUCAUGCAUUUGGAUUGACUCUAGCUGCUGGAGAUGUAGGCAAUUCACAAUUCCCCAAAUUGAACAUGUUUUAUUUCAGGUAAAAUGGGAGAACGAUUAUUGUUACUAUUAUUGCUACUCUUAUCGUUACAUUCGGGUCGGUGAUAGCCCACUGCAGACGAGCUAUUCAACAUUAUCAAUCUCCACAGCAGCCGGCUUCUCUUGAGAUUUGAUCGUUACUUUAUUGAAUCAGACUGUAAUAUCCUCGUCACGAGACGGAUUUCGGUUUGAAGUAGGCCUAGUAUUGGAGACAAUACGGGAAUAGUGGAGGUAUUGUAUUUCUUUCUAACCCGGUUAUUCCUUCACAACUGAGGAUAAAUGUUGAUGAUGGAGGACGACGAAUUGGCUCAUCAGGUUGAUAUCGAUUCGGAUUUCGAGCCGCAAAGCCGGCCUCGCUCGUGCACUUGGCCACUGCCUUGUCCGGAGGAUUUCCCCGAAGUGCAGGAGGUCAAUGGGGGUCUUCAACUGACGACCAUCAAGGUGGAACCAGAUGACAAUCUAGCCGUUUCAGCGUGCAGAGCGGGGAGAAUGGGUGGCACGCCGACCGAGCUGAAGCAUCCAGCAGUCGCCCCGGCUCCCAUCCGGGCGACGCACCCAUGCUUGGCCAGCGCGGCACUUGAUGUGACUGGACAAUUGCGCAAAGCCAAAUCCUCGCGGCGGAACGCAUGGGGUAACCAGUCGUACGCGGACCUUAUCACACGAGCCAUUGAAAGCACCCCUGAAAAAAGACUCACGCUUUCACAGGUCUAUGAUUGGAUGGUCCGCUAUGUUCCCUAUUUCAAGGAUAAGGGCGACAGUAAUAGUUCAGCUGGAUGGAAGAACUCCAUUCGACACAACCUGUCCCUCCACACGCGCUUCAUCCGGGUGCAGAACGAAGGCACGGGCAAGUCCUCCUGGUGGAUGCUCAACCCUGAGGGGGGCAAGAUGGGAAAGGCCCCUCGUCGGCGAACCGUCUCCAUGGACAACAGCACCAAGUACCUGAAGAGCAAGGGCCGGGUCAGCCGCAAGAGGGUGGGCAGGCCAGGGAUUGGUUCUGGAGCUCAAGUGGGGCUCCAGGCUUCCCCUGAGCAGGGUAGCCCACCGGGGAAGGUUCUCCCAGGCAACAUAGGGGGAGCUGGGGGUGUGGAAGGAGAGUUUGACGCCUGGACGGAGCUCCACUCCCGGGCUAGUUCGUCUACGUCGACCCUGAGCGGGCGUGUGUCGCCUAUCCUGGCCGAGGGCGAGCUGGAGGAGUCAGAGGAAAGCGGGCUGUCCUGCUCGGCCUCGCCACACCUCUACCCCUCCCCCUCCUCCAGUGCCCGCUCCCCUGCCAUGGGGGCCGUGGGAGGCCACUGUCCACCCGUGGAGCAGCUUCCCCAGCUGGCUAAUCUCACCGGGGCGAUCAGCCUGGAGGAGAGGCUCUUGGAGGAAGGCUACCACCAUCAUCAUCCUCACCUGGCAGCGGGCCACAAACUCUCCCCGGUCUAUCAUUACAACCCUGGGGUUAAAGGUCAGGGGUCAUACUGUGGCGCGGUCUACAGCCAGGCUGGGAUGGGCAUGCUGCGCCACCACUCGCCCAUGCAGACCAUCCAGGAGAAUAAGCCGGCUAGCUUCUGCGGAACCUUGCCGGCCUACUCAGGGACCAACGCCCUGCAGAGCCUGCUGACAGGGGGCCCUGGAGGGCCACAGCAGUACUGUGCCAAGGACAUAAUACUGGGCCAGGAGAGAGAUGCCCAACCAAUGAUGGGGCCCUCCACGAACGGAGUGAGCUCCACCCGUCACAGCCACCACCCCGGACACAACGGACAUGCAGUUCACAGCCACAACGGAACUCAGAGUCAUAACCUCAACCCUGUGACCAACCACAAUAACCACAACCACAGCUCUCCUCAUCUUGGCCACAACCUCAGUCAGAACCACAGCAACCACACAACGCACACACCGACUCGAGCCCCAGCCCUGGCCCCACGCAUCAGCAGUGGCCACCUCCAGCCCUACAGCCACAAAGCCCCCUAUCUUUACAGCCCCCCAUCCCACGCCCACCUCCCCGCUUCCACCACCCUGCCACCCAACCCGGCCGGCAUGCUGGGGAUGCCCCAGGACUCCUGCCACCUGGCCACCGCCCCCCACCCCUCGCACCCUUGCCACAACACUUACCCCAGCCCCCAACACCAGGGAAUGGGCAGUGGACUGUACCACCACCAACUGGGCAUGGUGGGAGGCUGCACAGGAGGCAGCUACCAUGGUAGCUCGUACCACCAGCCUCACCCCCACGAGAGACUACCAGCCGAUCUGGACCUGGAUAUCUUCCACGGGAGCUUGGACUGUGACGUGGAGUCCAUCCUCCUCCACGAUAUCAUGGACUCCGGAGAAGAAAUGGACUUUAACUUUGACAGCUCCCUGGCGCAGGGGUUGGGCAUCGGGAUGGGCAUGGGGGUGGGCCUUGGGAUGGGCAUGAGUGGACUGGCAGGCCCUCAGCAAGCCCACAACAACCAGAGCUGGGUGCCCGGCUGAGACAUUUCCCAGAGUGCUUCAGGGCAGGCCUCAGAAAAGACUCCACUACAGAGAGUGCUGCAGGCCAGCCCUCACUGCCCCUCAGAUAGACAGACUCCACCCCUCCUCACUAACAUGUUGGGGAGCACUGUGCAUAACUGUGUCAUUCCUGGACUGAAAACAGAGGAGAUGGGACAAACACUCAGUCGCUCACUCCCCCAUACCUUUCUGUGUUGUGCUAUAAAAUGCCCCGGUCCUAUCUCUCCCUACCCGGACUCUCUCUGGAGACUGUAGCUCAUGUCACAUUGGUUUUUCUCACAUCAGCUGUAUACUGUGAUGACAAUCUCAACUGUGUUGUUGCCCAACCUUGUCCCUUUCUCAUCUACUAUCAUGAGACCUGAACUCACCAAGCACUUUAAAAGAAGUGGGUCAGACUCCACAGCUCACUCACAUACAGACCUGGGUUCAAAUACUAUUCAAAAUCCUUUCAGACACUUUAUCUGGGCUUGAUUGAGUUUGCCUGGCGCAAUGGAGCCAAUAGAAUUGUCGCAAACGUGCAAACCCCGCCUAUCUUGCACUCCAUGGCAGACUGCAGCAAACGCUAAACGUAUUUGAAAUAUCUCAAAUGGUAUUUGGACCCAGGUCUUGUCAUGUACUGUAGCAGACAAACUCAUGCAGAGUUUGGCUGUUUGCGAUGUGGGUACGGUAUUUGACAUAUAAUUUUGCUGAACAAACCAAGAAAGCGCAAGAAUCCGGAUCUAUAGAUACAUUUGUGGAAUAGAUUUAUAAUGGGGGUUGCUGUGCUGCAAUGUUUAUAAUGGGGGUUGCUAUGCUGAUAUGUUUACUGCCAGUGGGAAGUAGGGAAAAUGUCAUCAAAAAUGUCUGAUUGAUUGGCUAUUUGGGCUCUUUGUUGUUGGCUCGUAUUCGGUCAAAUCAAAUGAUACAUUUUGGGACAGACUUACAAUGAUCUGUGCCUCUUCACUGACCUAAUUGAAAACUAUAAUCUGGUGCUUUACUUUACUGUGCAAGUGAAAGUGUAUGUUAUAUUAGUUGGUCGCAUUAUGUUCAUUGAAUUCAUCUUUGGAAUAUUCAGAAGACAAAAUGGAAAAUGGCGUAUCACCUUGCCUCAACCAGGGUUUAUUUUGUCCUUUGUGGCGCCAGCUUUUCUCUUUAACUUUGCUUUCUCUGUCUCUGCCCCCCCCCCCCCCCCCCCCAACAGAGACAAAGUGAUCAUCCCUCAGACCGACCCAUUAAACUGUGCUUGAUUGAAAUUCAGCGCCUUGCUUUUAAUCUCCAAAGUGAUGCUGCAGCCAUGCAUCACUAUCGGGGAUCUAAACGCAACAGCCUCCCCUCCCAUCCCUCCCUCUUUCUCUCUCUCUCUCUCACCCCUGCAGUUGUCGCUAACGUAAAUGUGCUGUUCUGAUCGCCGUGAUUAACACCUAGUCAUCCUGGCCCGGGAGGGAGACAACACUGUCCGCGUUUGUCUGUUCGGAAAGGACACCGAUGGGGGGGAGGGGGUAGGGGGGAGGGACAUAAAACCCACAAAAAAUAAGUAAACGCAGGUUGAUAGUAGGUCGACAGCAAUAUAAUCACAUGAUCAUGUCCCUUUCCCCGUCCCUUCUGGGCGCGUGUGUCUUAAACGGGUAGUGUGUUUGUGUUGUAAGUCAUCAGCAUCGUUGUCAUCAUCUGUAUCUUGUGUUCCCUAUCACAUGUUAUGAGGUCGUCUUGGCUGUGUUUUGGGCCUUUGGGAGUUUGAGUUGAGACUGGUUCUCUGAUAUAAGGUACUGUACAUAUAGGCGGAGAGGGGUAGAAAAGACAGAUGGAAACAAUCAGCCAAUCAGAUUGGCAUUAAUCUCUGUCAAACAGGGUUGUUGUUCCUUCUUUACCUUCCUUCCACACAUGUCCACGUUCAGCGCGUUUCCUUUGUUCGUCGUUCUCUCUUGUUGUCGUUGUAAUGUUGACGCUCUGAAGGGACAUUCAGGGACAGGGUGUAUAUGGCAUGGUGAUUUGUGAAGGCGGACAUCCGGAUCCACGCCCUAUACGCUAGGCUACACCAGCCCCCAUGAAUUGGACCACGGUCUCUUUACUGUAGCUCUAGCCACCAUACAAAGCCUCGGGACAGGAGAUAGCCAUGGGUCAUGUUCAUUAGGCCACACGCCGCACGCCAUUGCGAACCGCCUUAAAGCGCUUUGCAACGGAAACCAAAAAUGUGUGUUUCUUAUUGGACAAAGUCCAGGUUGUCCCACUCUGAUUCAGUUAGUUUUUGUUCGUUUGAUGCCUAAAGAACAUGAACCAGCUCUCCUGUCUCCCUCAGUAGACACACUCUGCUGUGGACUGUACUGAAUACUUCUAACAGGAAUGUCCUAAAAUGUACACCGUUCCGGGGAUUUCCUAACAUGGACACCGUACAAGGGGCAUAUCAUUACAGCCAAAGGUCAAGUAUGGCACAGACUAGCAGGCCCUAUCCUUCGAGAUCAACAUCCUUAUUCUAGGAUGUCGACUCUUGUUCAAUCUCAGUCUGUGAAGUAUGUGUGGAAGGUCUUGGCGAAAGGACCCCUUGGUAGGGCUAUGUUUUAGCCUGCGCUAAAAAGGUUUAGUGAUGCCCCGAUAUUGGAAAAUAGAGUUAUAUAUAAUGUCAAACGUUAUCAUACACAUUUAUUUAUGAAAGAGGUGGGUCUUUGUCACCCCUGAGUGUGGUAGUUUGUGAGCCAACUCCAAUUUCCUUUGCAUUUUUUUUUGGUCUUUGUUUUUCCGCGUCACACUUCCUUUACAGUCGUAAGGAUUUUAUUUUGUACAAAAAUCUAUAUAUUGAGGAUAUUGUAUAAUAGUUUUUAAACUCAAAAAGAAAAUAUGAAUUUUGUCGUCUAUUUCUUUUUUUUAAAGCGAAUGUAUCUUAUCUGGUGACUGUUAAAUAAAUGAAAUGAAAAGAAA